UCCUGUAAGCAAGGCUUGGGACUUGCUCUCGCCUUCCUCAGCAGCCCUCCUCAAUCUUCUCCAAACUCCCGUCCCCAGGCCACACGGAUUCUCCUCAAGAGAGCCCUGUAAGGACAUUGGUAAAAUGUCACUGCCUUCAGGACACACCAUGGUUUAGAUGGAGAUCGGAAACUCUUAGCACAAAUACUGCAUCGGUACAGGAAGACAUCAUUUUUCUCCUGACGCUCUGAAUAACUGCAAAAAGGAUGGCUUUGCUCUGAUUCCAGAAGUACAUUAGGAAGACAGGGCUGCCUGAUGCUACCAGGAAUAAAAUCCUGUCACACUGAUCAAGUUGCUCAAAGAAGAGCAAGAUGUUCGGAUAUUUACCAAAGGAGAUUGAGCAGUAGGUCUGAAAAAGUCAAUCCUGGCAUACAUUCUUCAUCCCAGCAGCAGCAAGAUGGAGAAGCAGCAAUGCAUGGUGCCCACAUGGACUCUUCAGUAAGAUACACUCCCUAUGCUAUUUCACCCUAUAAUCGGAAAGGCAGUUUUCGUAAACAAGACCAAACCCAUGUUAACAUGGAGAGAGAGCAAAAACCUCCAGAGAAAAGAAUGGAGGGGAACAUGCCGGAUGGGACCUUAGGGAGCUGGUUCAAGAUCACAGUUCCCUUCGGCAUAAAAUACAAUGAGAAGUGGCUGCUGAAUUUGAUUCGGAAUGAAUGCAGUGUACCCUUCAUCCCAGUUGAAUUUCACUAUGAAAACAUGCAUGCCAGCUUCUUUGUGGAGAAUGCCAGCAUCGCCUAUGCACUGAAGAAUGUCAGUGGCAAGAUUUGGGAUGAGGAUAAUGAAAAGAUAUCAAUCUUUGUCAACCCUGCUGGUAUACCCCACUUUGCGCAGAAGGAGCUGAAGUCAGAAAAGGUGGAGAAGAUAAAGCUGGCCAUGAACCAACAGUGUGAUGUCUCCCAGGAAGCUCUUGAUAUCCAGAGACUCCCCUUUUACCCAGACAUGAUGACCCGUGAUACUAAAAUGGCGUCGAAUCCUGGAAAGUGCAUGGCUGCCUCCCUGCAUGUCCAUGAAGAGAACAUACCUAUGGUGAUGUCUGCAGUGGGGAUGGACAAAUGGAAAGGGACAGAGCCAGGAGAGAAGUGUGCGGACAGAAGCCCAGUGUGCACCACCUUCUCGGAUAACUCCAGCAACAUAAACUCCAUCCUGGAAUUGUUCCCCAAAUUAUUAUGCCUGGAUGGCCAGCAGUCACCCAGACCAACUCUGUGUGGUACUGAAGCCCACAAGACGUUACCAACCUGUAAGGGAAGCUUCUUUGGAUCUGAGAUGUUGAAGAAUCUGGUCCUGCAAUUCCUGCAGCAGUAUUACUUGAUCUAUGACUCUGGAGAUCGACAGGGUCUCCUCGGUGCUUACCACGAUGAGGCCUGCUUCUCCUUGGCUAUUCCCUUCGACGCCGAGGACUCAGCCCCGAGCAGCUUGUGCAAGUACUUCAAGGAUAGCAGGAAUAUAAAAAUUCUCAAGGACCCCUACCUGAAGGGGGAACUGCUGAGGCACACAAAACGUGACAUUGUGGACUCCCUCAGUGCGUUGCCCAAAACUCAGCAUGACCUCAGCUCCUUCCUGGUGGACAUGUGGUGCCAGACGGAAUGGAUGCUCUGCUUUUCUGUCAAUGGGGUUUUCAAGGAAGUGGAAGGACAGUCUCAGGGUUCUGUUCUUGCCUUCACUCGGACCUUCAUCGCUACCCCUGGCAGCAGUUCCAGUCUGUGCAUCGUGAAUGACAAGCUCUUUGUGUGGGAUACCAGCCACCAAGGGACCCAGAGUGCCUUAUUCACCCUAGUGCCCACAGCCUUCUCCAGCGUGCCUGCCUUCUCCCAGGAGCAGCAGAAAAUGCUGCCUUCAUAACAACCAGUGUGACUACGUCCAAGCUCCUCAUGUUCUUGCACGGCCCAAGGUGAGGUCUAGGAAUUCAGGCCAAGUGAGCAGAGGUUGGGUGACCUGGGGAUGGAACUUUGGACUUCCGGCUCUGCUGAUCUCCCAGCUCCCUCCUGCACUUCCUCUCGGCCAAGGGCAAGAUCCCAGAGAAGGCCCUCACAUAGACUGACCUAGGAUUCUGAAAACAAAGCCCUAAGAGGAAAUCCUUAAGUGUCAUAAUCUUCAGCCUCAUCAUCUUCCCUGUAUUUUUAUUCCAAUAGAUGUAUUUCCCUGUGACUGAACCAGGAGAUCUGGCUCGGGCUAAGAAACCAAAGCCCAACUCACAGGGUUGACUCUCAUCCUUCCAAAGGGGCCAGUUCUGUGCACUUGUCCACCCCUGUCACCCCCAGGAUCUCUGUUUCUUUUCACAAUAAAGAAUGAUGUUGCUUGUUAUGUCAAAUCCCUGCA